AUGUGCCUCAACGACUGCUCCAGUGUUAUCGCCCCGAAUUCCUCCAGCAGACGCACGGAGAGCCUGCAACUCGCGCACCCAGGCACGUACACGAUUUCGAUCCGUUGCCACAACCACGACAACAACAACGAUCGGCCUUGCACCGUUGGCAUCGACUUCAACUUCAACACGUCGUUAAUGCCGUAUGCCCAUGCUGAGGCCGACGCGGACCAUACGAACUUGACGACGCCCACCCCGACGACCGAGUGCCCAGUCCCAGACACGUAUCGUACCACGGGGCUGAGCCUGACGUUACGGGCGAACGGGACGUUCGUCGAGGUUACCGGACCAGACAAAAGUCAUAACACGUGCUCGAGGUCCGGGAAUUUCUCUGUUUCAGGACAAGCCGCGCUAUUUACCGUCGCGACGAAGACCUGCGGUAGAAACUUUCGGCCAAACGAGCAGAUCUGGAGCCUUUUUAGCUUCUCGAGUGACUGCCGCCGACUGGAAGUCAACAUCACGGGCUCCGCGAGGCUACUGUGGCGGCCUUCGAGCGCGGACCCAUUGAUGACGGGAGCCGUCGCGUUUGGUAGCACGCUCCUCGCGUACCUCGCGUUUACGUAG